CAAUUAUUUUAUAGAUAAAUGCUGUGCGGCCCAUUUGGUAUUAUAUUUGAGACCACGCCGUAUACUCAUCGCUGACCAACCACUUCUCUAGAAGUAGAUUUAUCAAUAGCAUUGGGCGCACAACCGCCUCAUGCCUCUCUGGCCACCACUGCACACUGCGUCUGCGCACUGUGCACAUUGCACAGUCGCACACCUCUUGUAGUUUUUUUAAAGACUAUGCGUAGCCAGCCUUCUUUAUAUAAAAAACCCCAGAAAUAGGGUUUUUUAUAAAAAACAAACAAAAAUCCAGUUGAUAUCAAUAGCGCAGAGGUGUCAGUACUCAGUUGUCACGCUUCGCCUUCUUGAUUUUGUCUCAUUCAGAAGGCUAUUACAUACCUCUUGAUAUUCUGCUGCUCUUGAUCGUAAUACAACUUCUUUGAAGCGUCGAUUUGUAUUGGAUAUUGCUACCGAUUACAGCAUCCUAAGAAUGCUACUGAUUACAGGAUCCUAAAAACAGAGUUUGGUGGCGCCGUCCUUCUUGGAAACAGUACUUCAGAUACCAUCCGUCAAGGCAUCGUAGACGUUGAUUUGUACGCUUCUCGUCCUGAUUUACUGUUGCUUACGAUGUUUGCUGCGUUGGUGGGCAUGUCAGUGUGGCUGAUUGCUGCCACCCUACUAGGAAUGCCGGUAUCCACAACACACUCGAUUAUCGGUGCGGUGAUUGGUGCUGGUAUCGCGUGCUUUGGGGUAGAUGCAGUUCAGUGGGGCUGGGACGGAGUCGGAAAGAUUCUUGCGUCCUUCGUUAUCUCACCCGCUAUCGCCGGUUCGUUUGCUGCAAUUGUAUUCAUGAUCACCAAGUACACUAUCUUGAUCUGGCCCAACUCGACAAAGCGAGCCAUCUAUUCAACACCUAUAUACGCAAUGGGCACAAUGGGUCUAGUUAUGUCGUUUUGGGUGUACAAGGGGUCGCCCAGUUUGAACCUGGACGAGAAGUCCAUAGGUGUCCAGUUAGCUAUCAUUCUGGGGUCAGUAGGUUUCACGGGACUGAUCUCUCUAGUGGUUGUCGUGCCCUGGUUGCUCAAAAUCACCAAACAAAUGGACCAAGAAGAGCGCACGGAGUCUAAGGACAAUUCCAAUCGUGCCGAGGCCACACUGAAUGGCUCCAAUACUGGGGAUGCGGCGCCUGUCGAUCUGCCACCCACUGCCGCUGUUAAUAGUCGCACGAACAUGAAUGCGAGUGGGGAUCAGCCUCCACCUUUCACUGUAGCAGAGUUAACAGAUGGUGAAAAAGAGGAGAAGACAGCAGGUGCAAACAAGAUCGCCAUUGCACAGAGAACUCUGAAUGUAGAUGUAGAUGCUCUCACUGAUGGCUUAUCGACCAAAGACGGAAGGGCAACUCACCAGCCAAAUGAGUACGACCUGUGGUUGGUGAAACACACUCAUCGCCGCGAAUACUACCACGGCCUAGACGGCUGGAAGGCUAAGUGUAAGUGGAUAUUCAGCACCAGAGAAGGCAUGUGGUUUGGACUGGACUCCACUGUUCUGUGGGGAGUCCGUCAGGAUGUCUGCCAUGACAGCGACGAGGAUAUUCAAGCUCUGCAUGAAAGUGCUUUCCAAUACCGACCUUCUACGGAGGUGACCUUCAAGUGGUUACAGGUUAUGUCAUCAUCGUUCAUGUCUUUUUCUCACGGAGCCAACGAUGUCGCGAAUGCGAUUGCGCCUCUAGCGACCGUGUUCGCCCUGUGGUCGAGCGGUGCUAGCGGACUUGACGGUACGACGUCAAAGCAAGAAGUCCCUAUCUGGAUCCUUGUCUUCGGUGGUGUGGCUAUCGAUAUCGGAUUGUUCUUGCUCGGCUGGAAAAUUGUGUAUGCCCUUGGUAACAACAUCACAUUCCACUCUCCCUCGCGCGGGUUCUCGAUGGAGAUGGGUGCAGUUAUCACCGUGCUUAUGGCCACAUUCCUGGGUAUCCCUGUAUCAACCACACACUGCAUUACUGGUGCGACGGUAGCGGUUGGUCUCUGCAAUGGCGAUGCCAAGAGCAUCCAUUGGAUGCAGGUGCUCCGAGUGCUGUCUGGUUGGAUUCUGACGCUUCCCGCGGCCGGAUUGGUCUCGUAUGUCGUCUUCGCGAUCAUGGCGAAUGCCCCCAACAGAGAAUAUGUUGGUGUGUAUGUGCCUGCCAAUUCUACCGUGGUGACAUUUUAG